GAGAGCCGGGCACCGCUUCUGAAAUUGGCCUUGCACGAUGCGACCGCAGCGUUUUUGGUCCUCCGGCUCCUGCCUCCCAGAACAUGGUGGCAGCUACGUGCGCUGUCAGCCGAAUGGAGGCAGCUUCUGGAUGAUCAUGCCGGAAGCUGUACCGACAGGUCAACAAGGUCCCAAGUGUUGGGUGAGAUGCAGCGCGGCUGCUUCGGUUUGGUGAAGUUGCUCGUGGAGGCCGCCGGACCGCUCAAGACCGCCAAUGAAGAGGUUGACUUUGCAGGUUGCAUUUACAGAGCCGUGCAUCAUGGCAGCGUGGGUCCGCUUCAGCAGCUUCUUCGACCACUUGCAAUCGAAUCAUUCGCACGCCGUGCUUUCGCCGUCGCUGUUAUUCGGGAGGUCUUGGUGCAAGCCGCAGUGGCAGGCGAUGCAGCCUCAUGCCUUGCGGUGUUGCAGCAAUAUGGCCCGAAUUCUGCCGCUGCCCUUUCGCGAAGACUGGGCACGGAUGAUGCCGUCACAGCACUCAAGGCGGCUUCUGAUUGGCAUCUCAUGAGCCCUGAUGAUGUGUCAGAUUUACGGCGUCAGGCUGUGGACAAGGCCUGA